CAGUACCUCGUCAAUGAGGCCAGUCAUCGAGAGGAUUCCUUUUAAUACGCAGCAAUUUUUAUUCUACAAUUUUGGAACUUAAUAUGGAGUAAUAUAGCAUCUUAAUACCAAAUAUGGCAAAUAUGCUUCUGUGCACCACAUUAAUACUUUUUAGCGGAGUUUGUAGUAUCCACAGCCAAUCCCUCAGAAACGAUGAAGCAGGAGCAUGGGAAUGGAUGACUGAAUUCGACAAGAAUGCAUCUCUGGUGUAUUCCAAGGGAGCGUAUGCUCGUUGGGAUUACCAGACCAACAUAACAAAUGAAACAUCUGCGAAAUCGGCACAAGCAAGUUUAGAAUCGUCACAAUUUAACCAAGAAGCUUAUCUCCAAGCAAGGACGUAUAACUGGACGAACUUCAAAAACGAGACACUCCGUCGACUGUUCAGUAAGGUCACCAACAUCGGACCAGCAGCCCUCCCUGCCGAAAAGGCAAAAAGAUUAGGUGAAGUUUUGAACUCCAUGCGAACAACGUACAGUAAGGCAGAGGUUUGUAACGGCACAGAGUGCGAAGAACUUGAACCAGGAUUGACAAAAAUCAUGGCAGAGUCACGUGAUUAUAAUCGUCUGCUUUGGGCAUGGGAAGGCUGGAGGAACGCAAGUGGCAAGAAGAUGAGAGACAGCUACAUGGAGUUUGUUGAGCUUAGCAAUAGUGGAUCAAGGUUGAACGGUUUUGAAGACAAUGGUGCAUACUGGAGAUCCUGGUAUGAGGAUGAUGCCCUUAUCGAAAAGACUGCGAAACUUUGGAACGAACUGAAACCUUUAUACCAAGAACUCCAUGCAUAUACUUUGUUUAAACUAAAGCAGACCUACAAAGACCAUGCUGAUAAAUUCACAACCACCGGCCAUAUACCAGCACAUCUGUUAGGAAACAUGUGGGGUCAAUCAUGGGUUAACCUUAAUGACAUCCUCAAACCUUUUCCUGAAAAACAAGGCGUAGAUGUUACGGAUGAAAUGGUCAGACAGGGCUACAAUGCAACCGCCAUAUUUAGGCUUUCGGAGGAAUUCUUCACUUCUCUUGGGCUGGAAGCUAUGGUGCCAACUUUCUGGAAUAUGUCUAUGCUGGAGAAGCCGUCUGAUAGGAGUGUUGUUUGUCAUGCCUCAGCGUGGGAUUUCAUGAAUGGACGGGAUUUUAGAGUAAAGCAGUGCACUGUGACAACCAUGACGAGUAUGAUAACUGCUCACCACGAAAUGGGUCACAUACAGUAUUUUCAGCAGUAUGCCCAUCAACCAAUUAAGUUCCGAACAGGCGCAAACCCAGGUUUCCAUGAAGCUAUCGGUGAUGUACUUGCCUUGUCAGUGGCGACACCUGGUCAUUUGAAGAAAAUCAAGCUUCUUCCUGAAGAUACGCCCGAUGAUGACGAAAUGGACCUGAAUUUCCUGAUGAGUGAAGCCACCAAGAAGCUAGCGUUCCUACCAUUCGGUUACCUUAUAGACCAAUGGAGGUGGGAUGUCUUCAGAGGAAACAUCGAUGAAACUAAUUACAAUGAAAAGUGGUGGGAUCUAAGGUGUAAGAUUCAAGGUCUAACUCCACCAGUCAAAAGGACCGAAGAUGACUUUGACCCAGGUGCUAAAUAUCACGUACCUGCCAAUACCCCAUACAUUAGAUACUUUGUGAGCCAUGUGGUUCAGUUCCAAUUCCACAAAGCAAUGUGCAAAGCAGCUGGACAUACUGGACCACUCUACAAAUGCGAUAUUUACCAAUCAAAGAAUGCAGGAAAUCUCAUGAAACAAAUGAUGGAACUUGGUGCAUCUAAACAUUGGGCUGAUGCAAUGGAACGAAUCACAGGUGUGCGUGAAAUGACAGCUGCGCCUCUAGUAGAGUACUUCCGCCCAUUGCUAGCCUGGCUCAGACGAGAAAACAGAAAGAACAAAGUGAGAAUUGGCUGGUUUGAAGGAUGUGAGGCUGAUCUGUCGCUUGACGAGGCCGCAGGCAAUGUGUUUGUUGAUGAACAUGAUCGAAACAUAUCUGCCGUUCGAUUUACAUCAAUUUCAGCGAGAUGGAACUAUCAAACGAACAUUACCGAUGACAACCAGAAAAUAGCAAACGCAGAGAGUCUUAAAUCCAGUCAGUUUAGUUUAGAAUCCUACAACGGUGCUAGGAGAUACGACUGGAAGUCGUUCCAAAAUGAAACUCUGAAGAGAUUAUUUGGAAAGAUCACCAGUAUAGGACCAUCUGCUCUUGAGGACGAAGGUAAAAAGAAAAAUCUUACAUCUAUUCAAUCAGAAAUGGAAACAAUAUACAGCACAGCUAAAGUUUGUAGGAAUGUAACCCAAGUAGAUGGCACAAUAAAUGAAGAGUGUCUAAACCUCAAUCCAGGUAUUGCUGGGAUUAUGGCAAAUUCCCGGGAUUAUGACGAGUUGCUAUGGGCCUGGAAGGGAUGGAGAGACAGUACAGGACCGCAUAUGAAAGCUAAAUACGAAGAGUUUGUUAAACUUAGCAACGAAGGUUCUGCUGCAAAUGGGUUUGUGGAUACUGGUGAUUAUUGGCGAAGUAAUUACGAAACUGAAAACUUCAAAGAGGUAUGUGCUGAACUUUGGGAGAAAGUUAAACCGUUGUACCAACAGUUGCAUGCCUAUGCACGGAGAAAACUAAGUGACAAAUAUGGCAGAGACAAAUUCCCACCUUCGGGACAUAUACCUGCACAUUUAUUGGGUCAUAUUCAGGCCCAAGUAUGGACUUCGAUCUAUCCUGAUAUUCUCAGACCAUAUAUGGAUAAACCAAGUGUGGAUGUCACUCCUGAGAUAGUUCGACAGGGAUGGGAUGCAAAAAGAAUGUUCAAAACAUCCGAAGAAUUCUUUACUUCACUUGGGAUGUUCAAAAUGCCAGAAGAAUUUUGGAAACACUCAAUGAUUGAGAGACCAACAGAUAGGGAAGUCGUGUGUCAUGCUUCUGCUUGGGACUUCUACAACAGAAAAGACUUCAGAAUUAAGCAAUGUACUAGGAUGACGAUGGGUGAUCUUGUAACGACACAUCAUGAAAUGGGACACGUGCAAUAUUACUUACAAUACAAGCACCAACCAGUUCUUUUCCGCAGAGGUGGUAACCCAGGGUUCCACGAGGCAAUUGGAGAUGUGAUGUCCUUAUCAGUGAAUACACCAAGCCACUUGCACCAAAUAGGAUUGCUGGAGUCGUUUGAGACCGACAAAGAGAGUGAUAUCAAUUUCCUCAUGCGACAAGCUGCAAGCAAGCUUGCCUUCUUGCCAACUGGAUACUUCUAUGAUUUGUGGCGUUGGAGUGUGUUUAGCGGGGAGACUAAGCCUGAACAGUACAAUAAGAAGUGGUGGGAUCUCACGUGUAAAUAUGCAGGUAUUUGUUCCCCUGUUGAAAGGACGGAAAAUGAUUUUGAUCCUGGUGCUAAGUACCAUAUUCCAGCCAAUACGCCAUACAUAAGAUAUUUCAUCAGCUAUGUUAUACAAUUCCAAUUCCACAAAAGUCUUUGUGAUGCAGCUGGACAUAAGGGACCUCUACAUACUUGUGACAUUUAUAACUCCACAAAUGCUGGCACAAAAUUGAGUAACAUGAUGCAGAUGGGGUCUUCAAGGCCAUGGCCUGAAGCAAUGGAGGCAUUGACGGGAUCCCCCAAUAUGUCUGCAAAUGCUUUGGUGGAAUACUUCCAGCCUCUAUUAGACUGGUUGCAAAAGGAAAACAAAGGAUUCCCAAUAGGUUGGGAGGAGGACUGUCCCAUGCGAAAUGAAGCUGAUGCUCAGAGUUGGAUGGAGGAGAAUAAUGCAGCAACUUCUGUAGUGUUCAAUGAUGCAGCGAUAAACAGUUGGAAUUAUGAUUCGAACAUGACUGAUGAAACCAGACAAAAGUCGAUUGAAGCGAAAUUACGUAGGGACAAAUUCAAACUGGAUUCCUACAACAAUAUAACCAGUUUAUAUUGGGGAGGGUUCCAAAAUGAAACUCUGAAGAGGUUACUUGGGAAAGUCUCGAGUAUUGGACCUGCCGCUCUUCGAAAUUCAACUAAAUCAAGGAGGAUGCAGGAUGUACAGGCUGAAAUGUCUAAUAUAUAUGCAGAUGGGAAAGUGUGCGACAAUCAGGCAGGUGGACAAUGUUAUGGACUUGAACCAGGUCUAACAAACAUCAUGAGAGACAGUCGUGAUUAUGAUCAACUGAAAUGGGCAUGGCAAGGUUGGCGAAAUGAGACGGGUAGAAAGAUGAGGUCUUUAUACACGGAGUUUGCACAACUUAGCAACGAAGGGACGAGAUCUAAUGGUUUUAUGGAUACCGGUGAUUACUGGAGGUCAUGGUAUGAAGACAAGAACUUUCAAACAGUUUGUGAAAACCUUUGGAACCAACUGAAACCAUUUUAUGAAGAAUUACAUGCAUACACGAGACACAAACUUAUGGAACAAUAUGGAGCCCAACAUUUUCCAAAAGAGGGCCAUAUUCCAGCACAUUUAUUAGGUAAUAUGUGGGCACAGUCUUGGAUGGGAAUAUAUAAGGACAUUCUUAUACCUUAUAAGGGUAAAACAAGCGUUGAUGUAACAGAUGAAUUGGUGAAACAGAAAUAUACAGCUAGACGAAUGUUUGAUGUAUCAGAAGAUUUCUUCUCAUCUAUUGGAUUGCUGAAUAUGACGAAAAUGUUUUGGGAAAAAAGUAUAAUUGUACAUCCAAAUGAUGGUAGAACAUUGAUAUGCCACGCAUCUGCAUGGGACUUCAUGGAUGGAAAAGACUUCCGGAUAAAACAAUGCACAGAUAUCACAAUGACAGACCUGAUUACAGUCCACCACGAGAUGGGGCACACAGAGUACCAGAUGCUUUACAGAGAUCAACCCGUGCUGUUCCGUGGAGGAGCUAAUCCAGGUUUCCAUGAGGCUAUUGGUGAUGUACUAGAAUUGUCUGUAUCCACACCCAAACACCUGAACUUAAUCGGCCUUCUUCAUAAUGUCACUGAAGACAGAGAAAGCGACAUCAACUUCCUUAUGUCCCAAGCUUUAAAAAAGAUUGCGUUCUUGCCAUUUGGUUAUCUCAUAGACCAAUGGCGAUGGAAGGUGUUCGAUGGUACCAUUACUCCGGAAGAGUACAACAAACAAUGGUGGAAGCUGAGAUGUAAGUACCAGGGUAUAUCGCCUCCAGUCUCUCGUUCAGAAGCAGACUUUGACCCUGGGGCAAAGUAUCACAUUCCAGGCAAUACUCCCUAUAUAAGAUAUUUUGUGAGUCACGUACUGCAGUUCCAUUUCCACAAGUCAUUGUGUAAAGCUGCCGGACAUUCUGGGCCUCUGUACAAAUGUGAUAUAUAUAAGUCUAAAGAAGCUGGGGCAAAACUCAGGGCAAUGCUGGAAUUAGGCGGCUCAAAACCAUGGCCAGAUGCACUUGAACAGAUAACUGGAUCAAGAGAAAUGACUGUUGAGCCUAUUAUGGAAUACUUCCAACCUUUGAUAGAUUGGUUGAAACGUGAAAAUAAAGACCGGGGUGUUGUAUGGCGUGAUUCGUGCCCGGAUGAUAUACCCGGUACCGACCCUAGCCCCCCUUCCCCAACAGCUUCGCCCAUCAAAGACAAAACAGCAGAAGUGAACCGAUUCAGAACAUCAACAAUUGUGUUGGGAGUAUUGUUUGGUGUUCUCGCCGUAGCAUUAUUAGGUUUAGUGGCGUUUAUGUUUAUCAAACGGAAUAAAAGUGGCGGAGACGACGGAUAUGUCAUGACAUAGCGGGGAUCUGGAAAUAAAUUAGGUUAUCCAUCUAUGUGUGAUGUCUCAACUAAUACUAACAUGGAGAUUACUGUAGUACGACGCACUUUAUAAGGAAUUUAGACAUAUUGGAGAAGAAAGACAUAAAAAUGCAUGUAACAUUUACAAAUACAAAGAGAAAUAUAUUAUGUCUUCCCCUAGCUAUCAAAAAUCAAAGUAAAGGGUGGCAAAUAUGUUUAUAACAGUUAAAACAUUUAUUAAUAAGUGCAUCAAAUUACCAAACAUGGUAACCUUUUGGUGAAUCAAAAUUUUCCAUUUCGGAUUUCCGUCCUAAAAAAUUGAGUGUGAAAAUGUUUGUAAAGUCCUGGCCUGUCGACGUGUAACUAUCAGGAAUGCUUCUUGGAUAUAAAAACCUAGAACUGCUUAAUUCUUUGGCAUGCUUGCUAAAUAUCUUAAGGUGACCAUUUUGAAUUUCCGUCCUAUAAUCGUGUGUCAUUUUGGAUUUUUCGUCCUAAAAAUUUGUCUGUAAAGUCUUGGAUUUUCCAAAAUCUUGACAGUAAAUUCUUGUCAGCGCAUUUCACUUUGUUUGAGAGAUUCAUUUCAUGGAUAUUUUAUUCAAAGGGGCGAUAAGGUUCACCCCGUAUCUUUUUUAUAUCAAUUUAUGUAAGGUUGCUAUACUUUUAAAACUGCAUGACGUCAUUGGCUUGUGAAUAAAUCGUUAGCCCAAUAGCGGGCAAUGAUCGGUAAUGAUUUUAUAACAAUGGCUGAAAAUAAAAUAACCAAAAGCA